AUGUCGAUUUACAUCUUCAGACUAUUCACAUUGAUUGUGUCUGCUGCGACUGCAGUCACAGCUGUGACUUUCGCAGUACCUAGUGCCGCUCUUACGGGAGGGUACCAAUAUGCGCCACUUGAUCCGGCACCGGUCGGCAUCUCUUUCGAAUUCUUCGCGUUCCCCUCGUACUUCACCAAUGUGACCGCCACCAACCAAUGCCUGACGAACCUCCAGUCUUUGACGGGAACAUGGCCUCCUAUUCGGAUUGGCGGCACCACUCAAGAUCGUGCGUUGUAUGAUGCAGCCACAAGUUCGUAUGUCGUGUACACAGUGGCAUCCCCAGCGGACGCGCCGGCAAACCUGACCUUUGGGUCAAGGUUCAUGGCUUUGGCGAACACAUACAAAGGCAGUGUGGUACUUGGUCUUAACAGAGGAAAGAACCAAAUCAGCAACACGAUCGCCGCAGCCAAGGUUGCCGUUUCUGAGAUGACCAAUUUACUAGCUAUUGAGCUGGGAAACGAGCCAGAGUACUACCCAAAGGAUGGCCAGCCAAUAGCAUCUGGUGCAUGGUCACCCGCAAUCGACGCUGCGUCGCAAAACAAUUGGGAUAUCCUGGUCGGCUCGGCUGUGAAUAAGAAGUCCAUCAUCCAAGCAGGAAACAGUAAUGCGUCGCCCCCGGAAUGGGGCGCCGCGGAACUCAUUGCAACUGAAAAUUCGACCGUCAAAGAGUACGUCAAGACGUACGCGCAUCACAACUAUCCUGGAGGCUCUGUAACCUCGUUGAUGAGUCACUCAAACAUCGCAACGAACUUGCAUGUGUUUGACGCCGAUGUAUCAGCUGCUUUGGGCGAAGGAAAGCCUUACGUCUUUGGGGAAACGAAUUCUGUAUCUGGUGGAGGUGCAGCCGGAGUAUCGCCAACCUUUGGUGCCGCCCUCUGGACCCUGGAUUAUUCCCUGAGAGCAACAUAUAGCAACAUAUCCCGAACGUACUUCCACCACGGAACUGUUGGCAACUGUCAAUAUUGCUUUUGGGGUAGAUAUUCGAUGGGGGCACCAUAUUACGGGGCCUACGCCGCGACAGCGCUGUUGGCCAAGGCAUCAUACCUAACAGCUCUUGACACCGGUACAACGAACUACGCAGCAUAUGUAACGUUCGACGCGAACAAGGCUCCCUUAAGAACCAUGCUCUACAACUCAGACUACUACAGCGGAAGUGGUAGCCGGUCCAAUCAGUCGUUCGUCCUCACGGGGCUGUCAGGGUCUUCGGUGCGCACGAAGAGGUUGACGGCCGCCAGCGCCUUGUCCAGGCAAGACCAAGGAGGGGUACCCAAGUUUGGAGGUCAAUCCUUCACGGAUGGAACUUGCGUCAUCAGUGGAACUGAGACCUUCGAGACGGCUGUGGUCUCAGGCGGACAGGCUACUUUCACUAUUAACGCGAGUGAAGCUCUCUUGGUAUAUCUCCAGUAG